UGAAGAGGAGGCUGCAUCCAGCUGCUUUGUGGCCGCCUCGUCUGCGUCUCUCCGCGGUCAAAGAACAGCAGCAGCACCGCUAACGCCGGCGGAGCGCAGGGCUGCUAGUCGGCGAUGGAGCCAGCGGCCGCCUUCGGUGCCGCCAAGGCCGGGAACAUCGCCUUCGACCCGGUGGCCUUCUUCACGCAUCCUCGGACCAUCUUGAGGCUUCUGUCGUGGGUGUUCUCCAUCGUGGUGUUCAGCUGCAUCGUCAACGAGGGCUACAUCAACAUCGGCAGCGAACGCCUGCUCUGCGUCUUCAACAACAACGCCGACGCCUGCAACUACGGCGUCACGGUGGGCGUGGCCUGCUUCCUGGGCAGCAUCUGCUUCCUGGUCCUGGACGCUUACUUCCCGUCCUUCAGCAGCCUGCGGGACAGACGACGCGCCGUUCUGCUGGACCUCGUCUUCUCCGGCCUGGCCUGCUUCCUGUGGUUCGUCGCCUUCUGCUUCCUGACCAAUCAGUGGCAGGCCACGUCUCCCGACGAGCUGCCGCUGUCGCAAGGCUCCGACGCCGCCCGAGCAACCAUCGCUUUCUGCUUCUUCUCCGUCCUCACGUGGGCGGUCCUGACACUGAGCGCGCUGCGCCGCUAUUUGUCCGGCUCCCACGCCAACCUGUUCACCUGGCAGCACCUGGACCCCGCCCCCGGCCACGCCCACGCCACGCCCUACCCCAUCGCCAAUGGCGCCACCAUCGUGACCACCAAGCCCUACCAGGCCCCGCCCUUCACCGAAACCCUGGACCCCCAGAAGCUCACGCAGCAGCACAGACCGGUGGCGCCCGCCUUCUAGAGACCGCGGCGAGGAGGGAGGGCUUAACCCGCCCUACCCCCGUUACCAUGGCAACCGCUGGCUCAACUUAGAUCGCUUUGUCCCUCCGUGUCUUCACGCGCGCACUCGCCGACGUUCAGGCACACAACUUUACUCUCACACACACACACACACACACACACACACACACACACACACACACACACACACACACACACACACACACACACACACACACACACACACACAAA